GAACAGGCUGUCAGGCCAUUGUGAGCAUUCCUUGGGCUUCUCUUGUAUGAAUUUUUCGUGUUUUCCCAUUUAAUUCGCUUUUUCUCUACAAAAUAUUAGAAUAAUUUCUAAAAAUAAAGAAAGUGUGCGAUAGUUUUAGAAGAAAACAAUUUUUUUUGCAAGAAAAUCAAAGUGAAAAGAGCAAAUUUUUUCUCUUGAAGAAAAAGAGUGAAGCGUAAAAAUGGACUUAUUACCCUCCACGAGUAAGGGGGCAGAGAUGCAGUAUCCUCAGGAUUCAUCCGUGAUGCUGAAAAUGCUGAAUACUGAUUGCUUGUACACCAUCUUUUCGUACCUCAACGUCCGGGAGCUCAUUGGCAUUGAGGGAGUUUGCCAUAGAUUCAAAGAGAUUGCCGAGAUGAUCUACAAGACGUAUCGCGAUUUGAACUUUGAUCAAAUUUACCGUGAAAAGAGAAUUGAGAAAGAGGAUGUAAUGAAGAUUGCACGACGCGUGGGACCCAAUGUUGAAACUAUCACGAUUACACGGUGCCCACUUCCGAUGAACCGUGGAGAUGUUUUCAAAUUAAUUUACAAGCACUGCAGGAACUUGAACAAGAUCAUUCUCUAUCGAUUCUCAUUUCAUUCAGCAAUUGUUCCUGAUAUAACGAAUGCGUUUAGGAAUUUGACGGUUGCUGUACUUGCAAACUGCGAUCUGACGGAUGAUACACUGAUGGCCUUACUUCCAAUGCACCAAAUUGAGGUGCUGAGUGUUACACACAAUUUACGGAUGAAGGGAACCUUCCUUGCUAAAUUGGAGAAAAUCAAAGAUAUCGAUCUAUCUCAUUGCAAAAAAAUUGAUGUCCAGAUGUUCACGGAUUUCUGUGUGAACUCUCCUCAACUUCAAAGUCUCAAUAUCAUUAAAAGUCAGAGCAUCAUUCGAAACUGCCUGUACACAAUUGCAGAAAAACUGACAAAUCUGGAGAGCCUCUAUAUUUCUGACUUUUUCCAGGCUGAUGAAAGUUCGUACCUUGUUUUGGCCGAUCUGCCCAAUAUGAAACGCUUGGAGUUAUAUAAUCCUUUUGAUAUGGAACACCCAGAGCGUGCGAGGAAAGUUAAUCUCUUGGAAAAGUUCCUCUUGGCUGUUUCGGCCCAUAACCGCCUCGAACACCUGGACAUUUCGGAAACAAUCAUCACGGAUGACGUCAAAUCAGCUCUGGCAAAUCUGAACAAGUUGAAGAUACUAAAAAUGGCUGAUGUUUCACAUUUGAACGAUCGUACGUUGGCGCGACUCUCCUGCUUCAACACUCUCCAGGAACUACAUGUUUCCAGGAGUGACAUCUCAGUCAGAGGUUUGAUGCGUGUCAUCAAGCUCUCUCCAUUGAUUAGGUACAUUGAUAUGGCUCAUUGUAAAAAGUUUUCUGAAGAGUUCGAUGAAGAGCACAUCAAGCGUAUUCUGGGCUAUUUGAAAGGAAGACCUCAUGUCCUGACUAUUGAAGUUGAUGACAUGAAUUUUCCACCAGAGGAUUUUGAUCAUAUGGUGCCUCUAUACCAUCCAAGAUUGAAGAUUGUCUAUGAGGAGGAGGAUAAUUUUUUUUCAUACCUUGAGGAUUCUGCAGAAAGUUGUGAUUCUUCUUCGAAUGAAGAUUUCUCAGAUGAUGACGCCAUGGACACAGAUGACGAUUGAAUUUACUCUUAAUUAACUCUAUCCAGAAAAAAAAUCUGAAUAUACUCAUGUUAAUUGAUGGACUUCUAAUUUUUGUAAUAAGAAUUUAUGUUUAUGGAAUUAAUUAAGCACUUUUGUUCCUCUUAUUUUAAAACUGAAAUGUUAAAUCGUUUAGAAAUAAAUAAAACCUGAAAAGAAA